CCCUAUAACUUCGCUCGAACCCCUCUCUCUAUUUACUCUUAAACCUCAGAGAGAGAGUGUGUGCGUCUAUCUCUUCUUCCUCUCUCUCAAAAAUCUCAGAUCCAAACCCCAAUCGACCUCUCCCGAUGGCUUUGUUGGUGGAGAAGACCACUAGCGGCCGUGAGUACAAGGUCAAGGACAUGUCUCAGGCUGACUUUGGUCGCCUCGAGAUUGAAUUGGCCGAGGUUGAAAUGCCUGGUCUUAUGGCUUGCAGAGCUGAAUUCGGCCCUGCGCAGCCUUUUAAGGGAGCUAAGAUCACCGGUUCCCUCCACAUGACCAUUCAGACCGCCGUCCUCAUCGAGACACUUACCGCUUUGGGCGCUGAGGUCCGCUGGUGCUCUUGCAACAUCUUUAGCACUCAGGACCAUGCUGCCGCUGCCAUCGCCCGUGACUCUGCUGCCGUCUUCGCCUGGAAGGGUGAGACUCUCCAGGAGUACUGGUGGUGUACAGAGCGUGCUCUUGACUGGGGUCCCGGUGGUGGCCCAGAUCUGAUCGUGGAUGAUGGUGGUGAUGCUACCCUUUUGAUCCAUGAGGGCGUUAAAGCUGAGGAGGUUUAUGAGAAGACUGGGAAGCUUCCUGAUCCGUCUUCCACAGAUAAUGCUGAGUUUCAGAUUGUUUUGACCAUCAUUAGAGAUGGGUUGAAGACAGAUCCCAAGAGGUAUCACAAGAUGAAGGAAAGAUUGGUGGGUGUUUCUGAGGAGACGACCACUGGAGUUAAGAGGUUGUACCAGAUGCAAGCUAAUGGAACUUUGUUGUUCCCUGCUAUCAACGUUAAUGACUCUGUCACCAAGAGCAAGUUUGAUAACUUGUAUGGAUGCCGCCACUCCCUCCCUGAUGGUUUGAUGAGGGCUACUGAUGUCAUGAUUGCUGGCAAAGUUGCUGUUGUCUGUGGUUAUGGUGAUGUUGGCAAGGGCUGUGCUGCUGCCUUGAAGCAGGCUGGAGCUCGUGUGAUUGUGACCGAGAUUGAUCCCAUUUGUGCCCUUCAAGCUCUUAUGGAAGGCCUCCAAGUCUUGACUCUAGAGGAUGUUGUCUCUGCAGCUGACAUCUUCGUCACCACCACCGGUAACAAGGACAUCAUCAUGGUUGAUCACAUGAAGAAGAUGAAGAACAAUGCCAUUGUUUGCAACAUUGGUCACUUCGAUAAUGAAAUUGAUAUGCACGGACUUGAGACCUACCCUGGUGUGAAGCGCAUCACUAUCAAGCCCCAGACUGAUAGGUGGGUGUUCCCUGAAACCAACUCAGGCAUCAUUGUGUUGGCUGAGGGGCGUCUCAUGAAUUUGGGUUGUGCCACAGGUCACCCCAGCUUCGUGAUGUCGUGCUCUUUCACCAACCAGGUGAUCGCACAGCUUGAGUUGUGGAGGGAGAAGGGAACUGGAAAAUAUGAGAAGAAGGUCUAUGUUUUACCUAAGCACCUGGAUGAGAAGGUUGCUGCUCUUCACCUUGGAAAGCUUGGAGCUAAGCUCACUAAACUCACCAAGGAUCAGGCUGACUACAUCAGUGUGCCCGUUGAGGGUCCUUACAAGCCACCUCACUACAGGUACUAAGAUGGAGGGAAGAGUUUUUGAGAAAAAACUACAAAUUGGGACGGCUUGAUUGUUUCUUUUACAAUUUGAAGAUGAUUUGAAAUAGAAUGUUAGGCUUUUUCUUCCUUUUUAAAAAUUUUUUGUAGGAUUUGUGUUUUGGUGGGGAAGUUGGGAGGAAAGAAAUGUUGGUCUCUGUCGAAAAAGACCACAUGGGAUUAAAUAAAGGUUUCGGAUGGGGUUGUGUGUGAUUUUGUUGGCUGCCAUUUGUGUUUCCUGCAGCUCGUUAUCAUUUUAUUCAACAAAAAGAAAAAAGAGGAAAAAAUAGGAUAGCUAUUUGUUUUCUACA